AUGUCGCUGCGUGUGGUUCUGAGUCUGGCGGUCAUGAGCCUCGUGCAGGCGAGUUUGCGUGGGAAGAUUGUGGCCACGAGUGGCUCCAUGAGUGUGGAAGCAGUGCGGGAGACCGUCUUGCAGGAGGUCCUGGCCGCUUUGGGCAGCGGACAUCGAGUGACCUCGGACCGGCUCUCCUCCAUUGAAGCGAUCCUGGCCCCCACUUUCAAGGCCAUGCCCAAGAACGAGUUCGGGAACUUGGAGGAUGCCGCAGCCAGGUACGUCUUGCAUCGGCUCUUUGUGCGACGCCACGCCAUGUACAUCAAGGGCUUGGAAGCAGAGGGCAUGAGCUGGAACGAGACUUCCACCGCAGAGGUCUUGGAGGAUCACGUGCCUUCUUUGGUGCUGUCGCUCUUCGAGGACCGCCUCAAGGGACACGGCCUCGGUCUCCAUGAGCUGACGGUCUUGGCAGCGACCCUGGAGCAUCUGAUCCACGAUGAGGCGGUGUCGCGCUUGGGCGUGGUCUAUGAGGUGCACGGGCACCCGAAGGACAGCCCCGUGAACCAGGUGGAUCUCCAAGAGCUCAUUGAUACCUACAUGACCAUCUUCUUGGCUGGCUCCCCCGACAUGAACGCCACUACCGUGGCCGAGGAACGUGCGAAAGUCGUGGAGACUUAUCCUGGUUGGCAGAGCACUCGGAAGUUCACCAUCGGCGUCCGCUCGGAUGUCCUGGCCAAGUCCAACUCCGGAAACUUCAGCUUCGACACGGCCACGCAGAUCGUGGAGGAGAUCGGGGAGCGCUAUGGCCACUGGCAGGACGCCGAAUGCCGAGACCUGAAGCGUCUACUUUCCAAGUACGAGAAUGCAGGCACGGGACGAGUCCUUCUCAAGGACUUCUACGGCGCGGCUCUGGACGGCAAUUGGCAGUUCUCGGAAUCGGUGGAGUAUUUGCAAGAGCUGGGGUUCGCUGGACCAGUCGGACUCCUCGAAUCCAGCGGUGCUCAUCCCGAACUACGUGAAUUCGCAAUCCAACUGCGUGGCGUCGUCGAGUAUCUAUUCGGUGUGCUGCAUCAAUGA